AUGUCUCGAAACCCUUAUGCUUUGGAGGAGGAUAGGCCUUCCGAGAGAUCGCGAUGGCCGCCAUUGACGAGGAUGUUAAUGUCUGGAGAGAUGAAUGCCGAGGCGAAGAGGGAAUACAACUGGAAAGAACAAUAUAACAAGUGGAUGGUCAACGAAGGAUACAGGCGAUUUUUUGUGUUCGUCUUUGCAGCCAUCCACGCAAUGGUCUUCGCCUUCGGGUUGAUGAAUUACGCGUUAAAGGACAAUUUACAAAAGGGGAGAGAUACCUUUGGAUUCACAUUCGCAAUUGCCAGAGCAGCAGCCCUAGUACUACAUUUCGACAUCGCUGUGAUAUUGUUUCCCGUCUGCAGGACGCUCAUCUCGCUGGCACGCAAAACGCCCCUAAACGGCAUUAUACAGUUCGACAAGAAUAUCACCUUCCACAAGAUGACUGCCUGGUCGAUCGUCUUCUUCUCAUGGGUGCACACAAUAGCACAUUGGAACAACUUCGCCCAGAUCGCAGCAAAGAACAACCUCGGAUUCGUUGGGUUCCUGUUAGCCAACUUCGCGACUGGCCCAGGUUGGUCCGGAUAUGUCAUGCUGAUCGCCCUAAUGGCCAUGGCCAUCACAUCGAUGGAGAAGUACCGCAGGGCGAAUUUCGAGCGUUUCUGGUAUACGCACCAUCUCUUUGUCAUCUUCUUCCUCUUCUGGUCCAUCCACGGCGCGUUCUGCAUGAUUCAACCCGACUUCGCGCCAUUCUGUGUGUCCAUCGGUUCCUCUGCCAUUGGCGUCUUCUGGCAAUACUGGAUGUACGGCGGAUACAUCUAUCUUGCCGAGCGCAUCGCUCGCGAGAUUCGUGGGAAACACAAGACCUACAUCUCCAAGGUCGUUCAGCACCCUAGCAACGUCUGCGAGAUCCAGAUCAAGAAAGAGCACACGAAGACCCAGGCAGGACAAUACAUCUUCUUCUGCUGCCCUGAGGUGAGCCUGUGGCAAUACCAUCCCUUCACCCUCACCAGCGCACCCGAAGAGGACUACAUCUCCAUCCACAUCCGCAUGGUCGGCGACUUCACCAAAGCCGUUGGCAAAGCCCUGGGCUGCGAAGUUGACCGCCCCCGCGGUGGAGCAGGAGCCAAGAAAGACGCCUCCCAAGUCGUAGGCGUCAACAAAAGCAGCCCCGACGCCAACUCCGUCGACCCCGCCCUCCGCCGCGUCCUACCCCGCGUCUACAUCGACGGCCCCUUCGGCAGCGCCUCAGAAGACGUCUUCAAAUACGAGACAGCCGUGCUCGUCGGCGCUGGUAUCGGCGUCACACCCUUCGCGUCAAUCCUCAAGAGUAUCUGGUACCGCAUGAACUACCCGCAGAAGAAGACACGGCUGCGGAAAGUCUACUUCUUCUGGGUGUGCAGAGACUUUGGGAGUUUCGAGUGGUUUAGAAGCUUGUUGCUUGCCAUUGAGGCGCAGGAUAUGGAUAAUCAUAUCGAGAUCCAUACGUAUCUUACGGCCAAGAUCCAGGCGGAUGAUGCGACGAAUAUCAUGAUCAAUGAUGCGAAUGCGGAUCGUGAUGCUAUUACGGGGUUGAGGGCGCCGACGAACUUUGGGAGACCGAAUUGGGGGGCCGUGUUUAGGAGUAUUAGGAAGAUUCACAGUCCUGGCGCGAGUGGUGUCUUCUUCUGCGGUCCAAAGGGUCUGGGAUCCUCGCUGCACGUCAAGUGUAACGAGUACUCUGACCCGGAUUGGUCGUACGUAUGGGGCAAGGAGAAUUUCUAG